AUGCAUAACAAUCUAUAAUACCUAAAUGAUCUAAAAUGAUAUUUUUCCAUUUCAUCAUUUUCAAAUUGCAAGUGAGGAAAUGUUUAUCCUGUCAACAGAAGUGGAAAGAACUUCUUAAUUUUUUCAUAAGUGAUAGUGAUAUUGUUCAGAGGUGUGACUAAACAGGAUCUAAAGCUCUUCGGUCACUAACACUUCUAAGGAGCCCACCACCUGGAGAAUUUUGCACCUAAAACAGAUAUGAGGGGAUUAUCCCCAGACUCGAGACACACCAGAUAACGCAGUCAGAUCUCGGGCUGGACACGGAGACCAACCUCACAGACACACAGACAGACAAACACACACACAGACAGACAGACAGUCAGUCUCAUGCCAACUGCCUCCACUGUGAAUCUCACAGGACCACUCCUCCUGCUGUUGCUAUGGGCAACUCACCACGCCAUGGCAACCAACUGGCUGUCUCUGGCCAGGUUGCCCCGUUCUCGGCCGGUCUCGGGCUCGGGCCCCUGCGGCCGCUUGCGGGGCCUGUCGGCGGGGCAGGUGGGGGUGUGUCGUGCCCGGGGGGAGGUCAUGGAGUCCGUGCGCAGGGCAGCUGAGAUGGUGAUUGAGGAGUGUCAGCACCAGUUCCGGAACCGCCGCUGGAACUGUUCCACUACCCCGCGCGGAGUAAACAUCUUCGGCCGGGUGAUGAAUCAAGGCACCCGUGAGGCUGCCUUUGUCCACGCCCUGGCCUCAGCUGCGCUGGCAGUUGCAGUGACACGCGGCUGCAGCCGGGGGGAGCUGGAGAGGUGCGGCUGUGACCGCAAAGUCAGGGGGGUGAGCCCAGAGGGGUUCCAGUGGUCUGGAUGCUCGGAUAACCUGUCGUACGGUGUGGCAUUCUCCCAAACGUUUGUGGACGAGCCGGAGCGUGCCAAAGGCCUGUCGUCAGGACGACCACUCAUGAAUAUCCAUAACAACGAGGCGGGCAGGAAGGCCAUCCUGCACAACAUGCAGGUGGAGUGCAAGUGCCACGGCGUGUCGGGCUCCUGUGAGCUCAGAACGUGCUGGAAGGUCAUGCCCCCAUUCCGCCGCGUGGGAGCCGUGCUGAAGGAGCGCUUCGACGGAGCCACUGAGGUGCGACUGUCUCGUGUGGGCUCCAGAACAGUGCUGCUUCCCAAGGACCCCCAGGUGAAGCCACCUGCAGCCCGGGACCUGGUCUACCUGGCCUCCUCACCUGACUUCUGCCGCCUGGACCCCGACAAUGGCAUCCCAGGCACUGCUGGCCGCCGCUGCAAUGGCACUUCUCGGCUGGCGCCGGAUGGGUGUGAGCUGCUGUGCUGUGGGCCCGGGUACCGCUCGGGCCGGGCCGAGGUGGUGCAGCGCUGCUCCUGCAAGUUCUCCUGGUGCUGCUCGGUCCGCUGCCAGCAGUGCAAGAACACCGUGCUCAUCCACACCUGCAAUAAGUAGGCCUAGAACCCGGCCCUCAGACGGAACCCAAAGAACCGGAGCACAGGAUGUGCACUCUCAAGCCUGCUGGUAAAAGCUGAAGGCGUGAAGGGAGUCCCCUUAGUCCAGACCCAGGAGAUGGAAACACAUGUGUGGGCAUACAUUAAGAAUGCUGUAUGAAGAACACGGAACAUUAAGUCAAAUACAUAUUCUAAUGUUCUAAUUCCAGUCAAGUACAUAAUGGAAUGUUCUAGAACACCCCCCUCCCCUUUCACUGUGCUGAAUGCAGAACCAUGUCUAGACAGUCUAGAAUUCUGCUGACCCAACAUUAAAUGUGGAAGUCAUUGCUCAUUCCAAAACACAAGAGUUUUGAGACAGUCCUUAAGUUUUUUGUGUCUGAUUUGAAAAAUCAUAUAGAGCACUUAAAGUCAUCCAACCAAUAGAAAUGUUCUAUUAUUCGGAAUUUGUUAGGAUGAAUAUUUUGUGAACUGAUGUUUGGACUAAAUCACUUUACAAUCACUUACUUGUCCCUCUGCUUGUGCAUAACUGUUUCUACAGGUCAAUUCUGAACGUAAUGUACAUCUUCAUGUAUGUCCGAAAGGUUCAACACAGGCAGGUAGACGGAUCCAGGGCUGACAACACUGUACAGUUCACACAGUCACAACACAGACAACCCCAAUAGUCGAACGCUGACAGACGACACACAUCAGACACUUUCACACUCCAAAUCAUUAAUCUAUUCUACACUGACAAAGCUGUUAUGGCUGAGACAUACUAAGAAUAACAGAGAGGGAAUUUUUGUCAUUUUAAGGGCUUCCGUAGAUGGAAUGUUGCUCUAGUCUAGUGGGAUCUGUAGUACUUGUACAGUAUCAGUAUGCUUUCAGUGUCUUUUAUAUUUAUUUGCCUCUGUUGUCCUGAGGGGUAUUUCAAGUAUGCUUUAACUCAUAGUUCGUAGUAAACCUCCUUAAAGAAACCGUACCGCUCCUCUAUAAGGAAGUUUACAUUUUCUUCUGGAUUAAUUUACCCAGGUUUGCCACUAAACAAUGUACUUGACAUAUGCCCGUUGUGCUUUUGGCCUUGUGUGUGACGGUUAGCCUGUGGUCAUGUGAUCCAACCCUCUGGCCUAUGAGCGCCUCCAUCCUGGGUGACACUGGGCCAGACGUCAGCCAACACCCAGCUGGGGUCGAGCCUGUGUUAAACCAUCACUUGUGUUCUGUGCAGCAUCAAUGGUCAAAUAAAAACUGUUUUGUUUUUUGUUUCCCAACAACACCCAUCUGAAAA